AUCAACACUAACAAGGGGAGAAAGGCGCCAAUUCCAUCACACGCAAAUCAUUUCCCCCGCUUCCACCAGUCCCUCCAUUUCCCCCACCACUCGCCGCCGUAACCGCUUCACACACACCGUACAAACAUAACCACCGGUUUCACCUCUACAUAUACACACUAUCCGAUAGCAAUGGAACCGCCACCGCUUUCACCUUCUCUUCCACUCGCACCACCACAACCACCACUGCAACCGCAACCACCACCACCACCAUCGGUUUCAUCUCUCCCUAUACACUAUCCGAUACCAAUGGAACCGCCACCGAUUUCACUUUCUCUUCCACUCGCACCACCACAACCACCACCACCACCACAACAACCACUACCACCACCACCACCACCACCGCAACUUCACAAUUCUUCUGUUAACGGCAACUACAAAUUUCGUUGCGCUGGUUGUGGAAAGAAAUCGACGGUUGGACCGGGGAUGACCGAGUUUGUAUGUCGUAAAUGUCACUUGACGCAAGUGUUGCCGCCAGAUCUGGUACGACCACCGGCACCGGUUCAAGUUCCGUGCGUUAACUGUAAGGCUAUGGUUUAUGUUCCUCAUGGUUUAGCACGAUUUGCGUGCCCUAACUGCAAUACGGAAGUUGCAGCUCCUCCACCUCCUGAGGAAGUCAACGAGGUAGCUAUUGAAGUGGAACGAGAAGAAGAUGGUGGAGGCGUUGUGGGAGAAACAUUUACCGACUAUCGCCCACCAAAGAUGUCUAUCGGUCCUCCACAUCCAGAUCCUAUUGUGGAAACCUCUUCUUUAGCUGCAGUACAACCGCCUGAACCCACAUACGAUCUUAAAACAAAGAAUUACUUGGAAGCUACAAAAGCACUAUCUUGUCUGCAGAUUGAGACACUAGUUUAUGCCUGCCAGAGACACCUUCAGCACCUUGAUAAUGGCACCCGGGCAGGAUUCUUUAUAGGAGAUGGAGCUGGUGUCGGUAAAGGACGUACGGUUGCGGGGCUUAUUUGGGAGAAUUGGCAGCAUGGGAGGAGAAAAGCACUGUGGAUUUCGGUUGGGUCAGACUUAAAGUUUGAUGCAAGAAGAGAUUUGGAUGAUGUUGGAGCAACGUGUGUUAAAGUGCAUGCCUUGAACAAACUCUCCUAUUCCAAGCUUGAUUCCAAGUCUGUUGGGAUUAAAGACGGUGUUGUUUUCUCGACAUAUAGCACUCUUAUAGCUUCUACUGAGAAUGGCCGCUCUCGGUUAAAGCAGCUUGUGCAGUGGUGUGGAUCAGAAUAUGAUGGGCUAAUCGUAUUUGAUGAGUGCCACAAGGCCAAAAAUUUGGUUCCUGAAGUAAAAGGACAAGCAACACAAACGGGUAAAGCAGUUGUUGAACUUCAGGCGCGGCUUCCGGAAGCACGCGUUGUUUAUUGUUCUGCAACUGGUGCAUCAGAACCCAGAAAUCUGGGUUAUAUGGUCCGGCUUGGUCUUUGGGGAGCUGGAACUUCUUUUGUGGAUUUUACUGAAUUUCUAGAUGCUAUGAACAAAGGAGGAGUGGGGGCACUUGAACUUGUUGCAAUGGACAUGAAAGCAAGAGGGAUGUAUGUAUGUCGCACUCUGAGCUAUAAAGGAUCUGAGUUUGAAGUUGUUGAGGUUCCACUGGAGGCUAAAAUGACGGAGAUAUACAAAAAAGCUGCUGAAUUUUGGGCUGAUUUGAGGGUGGAAUUGCUAUCUGCAAGUGAACUUGUUUUUGAGGAGAAGGCUAAGUCAGCUAUGCGGUGGAGACUAUACUGGGGAAGCCAUCAGCGUUUCUUUAGGUCUGUAUGCAUGUCAGCAAAGGUGCCUGCUGUUGUAAGCCUUACUAAGCAGGCGUUAAUAGAAAACAAGUGCGUGGUCAUUGGUCUUCAGAGCACCGGGGAGGCAAGAACAGAGGAUGCAGUAACAAAAUAUGGGACUGAACUUGAUGAUUUUAUUUCUGGACCUCGUGAGCUGUUACUUAAAUUUGUUGAAGAAAACUAUCCUCUACCUGACAAGCCUCAAUCUCCGCCAGUUGAAGAUAAUGUGAAGGAACUUCAGCGUAAGAGGCACUCAGCAAAUCCUGAUGUUUCAUUUAAAGGGAGGGUUAGGAAAGCUGUAAAACGGGAACCUGCAAGUGAGGAUGAGAGCGGUGAAGAGUCAGAAUGGGAACCUCCAAGUGACGAUGAGACUGCUGAAGAGUCAGAUUCUGAUUCUGACUAUGCAUCUGAGAAAUCUGAUGCUGAAUCUGUGGACCGCUCUCACGCAAGACAUCCGUAUUCAGCAGAAUUACUAAAAAGAUAUGAAACUGCCGUAGAGCAUAAGUCAAAGCUUUUGGACACAAUUCGUACUUUUGACCUUCCAAACAAUCCAUUGGAUGAACUCAUUGAUCAGCUUGGAGGCCCUGAUAAUGUUGCAGAAAUAACAGGAAGACGAGGUAUGCUUGUUAGGGCCUCCAAUGGAAAAGGAGUCACUUAUCAGUUCCGUAACACAAAGGAUGUAACUACGGAAAUGGUCAACAUGCAUGAAAAACGACUUUUCAUGGACGGUAAGAAACUGGUUGCUAUUAUUUCUGAAGCUGGAUCAGCAGGCGUUUCUUUGCAGGCUGAUAGAAGAGCACUAAACCAGAAAAGAAGGGUCCAUGUAACUUUAGAACUACCUUGGAGUGCUGAUCGUGCAAUACAGCAAUUUGGGAGGACUCACCGUUCAAAUCAAACGUCUGCACCUGAGUACAGGUUACUGUUUACAAAUCUUGGAGGUGAACGGCGAUUUGCUUCCGUUGUAGCAAAGCGACUAGCGUCACUUGGAGCUUUGACACAGGGUGAUCGACGGGCUGGACCAUCUCUUAGCGCCUUUAAUUAUGAUAGUUUGUAUGGGAAACAUGCGUUGUAUAAGAUGUAUAGCGGAAUUAUGGAACAGGAUUCUUUUCCAGUUGUGCCACCAAACUGUUCAUUCGAAAAUCCCCAUACAAUCCAAGAUUUUAUUGAAACGGCCAAAGCUGCUCUUGUUUCUAUUGGCAUUAUUAGGGAUACAGUUGUUGAUGAAAAUGGCAAGGUUUCUCGGAAGCUUCGUGGCCGCAUAGCUGAUCCAGAUUGGAAUGAUGUUGGACGUUUUCUGAAUCGGCUUUUAGGAUUACCACCAGAGAUCCAAAACAGGCUUUUUGAAUUGUUUGUUAGCACCUUUGAUCAUCUUCUUAACAAGGCACGUCUCGAAGGACAUUUAGAUACCGGCAUUGUUGAUUUCAAAGCUAACACUAUCGAGCUACAAGGAACUCCAAAGAUUGUUCAUACUGAUCAUAUGUCUGGGUCGUCCACCGUACUAUACACUUUUGUUAUGGAUCGUGGUAUUACCUGGGAGGCCGCAUCUGCUUUGCUUAAUGAGAAACAAAAAGACGUGUCGGGUUCGUCUGCUAGCGGGUUUUAUGAGUCUAAGAGAGAAUGGCUUGGGAGAAGACACUUUCUUUUGGCAAUUGAAAGCUCUCCUGGAACAUUCAAGAUAUUUCGUCCUGCUACUGGAGAAACGACCCGGGAAAUGCCCAUAACCGAGCUGAAGGACAAGUACAGAAAGCCGAAGUCAUUAGAAAAGGUGCAACGUGAAUGGGAGGACGAAUAUGAAGUUUCAUCCAAGCAGUGCAUGCAUGGUCCAAAGUGUAAGAUUAGAAGCUUUUGUACAGUUGGCAAAAGAAUACAAGAAGUAAAUUUACUUGGUGGCUUGAUUCUUCCUAUCUGGGGAACAAUCUCAAAGGCCCUAUCCAAACAGUCCCGCAAAGCCCAUCAACGACUGCGUGUUGUGGGCAUUGAGACAACAACCGAUAAUGAAAGAGUUGUUGGACUUCUUGUUCCCAAUGCAGCAGUAGAAUCCGUACUUAAAGAUUUAGGCAUCUAGCAUGGGUUCAAGAUAUCGAUGACUAACAUAGAAUUCAGUUGCUACGCCAUUUUGUUGAUAUCAAUGAUGCAUAAUAGUAAUGAUACUCAAACAGGAAAGUCUUUUGGAGUAUGUUUUGAUCUUCUACCUGGUCUCAGUUUUGUAACUAUAUUUUAGUGAUCGGGGAUUACUAAUUAUAGUAAUGAUACCCAAACAGGAAGUCUUUUGCAGUAUGUUUGAUCUUCUGCCCAUUGGUUUUGUACCCCGGUCUCAGUCUUUUUGUAACUAUGUUCUAGCGAUCGGGAAUUACUGUUUAUACUAAUGAUAUCCAAACAGAAAAGUCUUUUGCAAUAUGUUUGAUUUUUUGCC